GAGACCUCCUGGCUCUGCCCAGGAGCGACUGCAUCGCGGCAGAAGAGCUGUGCCUGUCGGACGCUGCCUGCAACGCCACAUACAGGGCCCUGGAGAACUGUGCCCUGGCCCAGACUCGCCUCCCCGCGCUGGACCGCGGCGGCAGGCUCCGGUGUCUGCGCGCGGAGCUGGGCCUGGGGAACAGCUCGCUGCUGCACUGCAAGUGCCAGCGGCGCAUGCGGAGGCAGGAGCUCUGCUUACGCAUCUUCUGGACCGUUCACUCCAGCGUAACAGAUGGUUAUUUCAAUUUGGAGACCUCUCCCUAUGAGAAUCCAGCAAAUGAAGAGCACUGGAAGACAGAUUACAGUAAACUGGCAGCUCUGGUAUCAGGCUCACAGUUAGCAGGAGAUGCAACAAAUCCAUGCCUGAUAGCAACUCACGUCUGUAAUCUGAGCAAGAAGUGUGUUCGUCUACGCACAGACUAUGCCUCCACCUGCACCAAGGGAGUGGGGAGCGAGGACGCGUGCGACCGUCGCAGGUGCCACAGAGGGCUAAGGAAUUUCUUUGAGAAAGUCCCUGAGGAGUUCACCAAAAGGAUCCUGUUCUGCCCAUGUCAAGAUGAACUUUGCGGAGAACGACGCCGGAAAACUAUUGUUCCUGAUUGCUCCUUCCAGGCUAACACCAAACCCAACUGCCUCUGGCUUCUGGACUCCUGCUUAGAAGACCACAUCUGCAAAUCCCGGCUGGCUGACUUCCAGCAGAACUGCCAACCUGCGGACAUGUCUCCAGAUGGUUGCUCUCAGCACAACCACGCUGCGUGCCUGCAGGCUUACAUGGGGAUGAUUGGCACGCCCAUGACACCCAACUAUGUCAGUAACUCCAGCGUGGAGGUCUCCCUGUGGUGCACGUGUGAGAGCAGCGGCAACCAGAAGGAGAAGUGCGACCAGAUACUCGGCAUGUUUGAGAGCAACAAAUGCCUUGAAAAUGCCAUUUGGUCUCAAAUGCACCUGAAGCAGACAGCUCUAGAAAGACAGGAAGAUGUAUUUUAUUCAUCUUCCCUAAGCUUCCAAGGAGACAGUGCCAGCGCAUCUCUUGCUUCAGAAAUGUCCCAGGUGGCUGAAGGGAAGAAGCACCGAGACAUCUCCAAACACAGCAGUAUGCCCAUGGCCUCCUCUGUAUAUUCUGGAGCUGCUAUUUCUUGGCCAUCUCUGGCUCUGUUCCUGCCCCUGUGGCUGAGCUCACGUUAACUUGGCAUAAAUGGCAUCUUUCCUUCCCAUAUUAUUAAUCUUAUUCCAUAUCCAGGCACCUCCCACUACUGAUU